CCUCCUAUAUCCAACAAACUUCCCCGAGACCUCACGGCCUCAUAUACACCGCCGUCUUUCACCCAAACUAUAUCUCCACCAAACAUGGCCGCUCCAGGAACCCAAUCGCUCAAGUGCGUCGUCACUGGUGAUGGUGCUGUUGGAAAGACAUGUCUUCUCAUAUCCUACACAACGAAUGCCUUUCCCGGCGAAUACAUCCCUACAGUGUUCGACAAUUAUUCUGCCAGUGUGAUGGUGGAUGGGAAACCGAUUAGCUUGGGACUGUGGGAUACUGCUGGACAAGAAGAUUAUGAUCGACUACGACCUCUUUCGUACCCUCAGACUGACGUCUUCCUCAUCUGCUUCUCUAUCGUCAGCCCGCCAUCUUUCGAUAACGUUAGAGCCAAAUGGUUCCCAGAAAUUGACCAUCACGCCCCAUCAGUGCCUAUAAUCCUUGUCGGGACGAAGUUGGAUUUAAGAGAGGAUCCAGCAACGUUGGAAAGUCUGAGACAGAAGCGAAUGGAACCAGUAUCAUACGAUCAGGCUCUAAUCAUUGCAAAGGAAAUCAGAGCCCACAAGUACUUGGAAUGCUCAGCUUUGACCCAAAGAAAUCUGAAGAGCGUGUUUGACGAGGCCAUCCGAGCGGUCCUAAGCCCAAGACCGCCACCCAAGGCAACAAAGAAGGGGGGGAAGUGCACCAUUUUGUGA